CCGAAUUUUACCGAAUCAUUUAGUGAUUGACAUUGAUGGCCACUGUAUCAGAUGACUUCAAGCCUCUGUCAGUGGAUCCCACAAAGCCUGGUAAACUGCGAGUGGCUGAUGAUGAAGUGAACGUACAACUACCAGUAGUACAGGCUGAGUGGACUGAUGAUGUGGCCCAGUUCAGAGGACCCAAGAAGCCUGUCACUAAAGAGUGUGUGCUCAUCAUAGACACUGUGUCUGGGGAGGCAGUACUGGAGAGGAUCAGUAACAACAUCCAACUCAAGGCCAUCAGGGACGGACGCAAGUGAUGAUGAAUGCGUACGCUGACCUUGUGUUCCAGUUUGGAAUGGCUGACGAGAACCAAGCCGCUUACAUUUAUUGAAGGACCAACACGGCUGUGCAGUACAUCAAAGCUGAACGGUUUUACGAUGGCUUCAAGGUACACACACUAUACACAGCAUCAGAACUCUAGUCACAGAGGCAACUCUAGUACUCAGUACCUGUACAGGAACCAACUACUCAAGCCACUGACUAACUACAAUGUAUGUGCAUCACGUACCCCCUCUCGUCCACCAGGGUUCAGUACCUAGCAGUUAGUGAACAUUGUAGCCAGCUCUGUGCUUGUCUAAGCUAUUACUGAACGCAGCUGUUACGGUUUAUGCCAAUUCACAGAAGCUCAUCAGCAUCCAAAAUCCAUUUCACAUUCUCAAAGUAGGUAUAACAUGUUUGUGCCGACUGUUGCAGAUUUUUGAUGCUCUGCUCAACGGAGAUCUGAUACCGUAUCCUACGUACUUGUACAACAUUACUGGAUCAACCAACUACUACAACAUUCUCAGGACCUCGCUAGGUACACGUAUGUUGAUAGAGUAUGUCAGAAAGUGUUGGAUAGAAGUAUACAGUCCUGUUUGGAGUGGUAUAUACUCUUUUUACCUAUACGUAGUGUACUGAACAUUCUACUGUAUUAUUUAUCUUAUGUUGGUACAUACUUAACCAGUGUUUGGUUAAAGGGCUCUUGUUUGAGUAGCUGAUUGAAUUAGGGAAUCUGUACAAGUUAAGUUGUGUGUAUGGAUUGAAUUUGGGGAAGUCCUGGACUAUACAAUUAUCUCUAUUGUGGUCAUGUACUGUGUUAGAGGACAUUGAGAAGCUGUGUGCAUGGCAAAUAAUGGCAAGAAAGAUUAGCAGUAAUACAUGCUGCCCCUCCCCCAAGCCAUAGUCUAGCCUGCCACCCUGUUUGAACUGUACACUGGGGGAAACACUGACUUAAGUAUUGUAGGGUGUUGUUGAAAUGUCAUGCCCUGGGGUGAUUGGUUUCUCCCUGUGUGUAUACUUGUGUAAGGAAACCAAUCUAUAGCUGUCACCCCUUGCAACACACACACAUUUCUUGUUCUCACCCCACACACACACACGCACACAUUUCUUGU